GCGCCCGCCCCGCGCCAGGCUCGCGGCUCCCGGGCGGUGUCCUCGUCUAUGUGGGCGCGCUCCUCGGGCCGAGCCGCCGCCGCCCGCCGCCCCGGGGCUGUGCGUCCGCGCGCCGGGCGCGGGCAGCUGGGUGCUCGGCGCCGCCAGGCCAGGCGCGGGCGGCUGGGUGCGCGGAGCUAGGGGCGCGGGGCCCGAGGCGGGCUCGUCCGCCGCCGAAGCCAUGAGCGGCAGCAGCGGCGGUGCCACCGCCCCGGCCGCGUCCUCCGGCCCCGCGGCGGCGGCCAGCGCGGCGGGCUCCGGCUGCGGGGGCGGCGCCGGCGAGGGCGCCGAGGAGGCCGCCAAGGACCUGGCCGACAUCGCGGCCUUCUUCCGAUCCGGGUUUCGGAAAAAUGAUGAAAUGAAAGCUAUGGAUGUUUUGCCAAUUCUGAAGGAAAAAGUCGCCUAUCUUUCAGGUGGUAGAGAUAAGCGUGGAGGUCCCAUUUUAACAUUUCCAGCCCGCAGCAAUCAUGACAGAAUACGGCAGGAGGAUCUCAGGAGGCUCAUUUCCUAUUUAGCCUGCAUUCCCAGUGAGGAGGUCUGCAAGCGAGGGUUCACGGUGAUUGUGGACAUGCGCGGCUCCAAGUGGGACUCCAUCAAGCCACUGCUGAAGAUACUGCAGGAGUCCUUCCCGUGCUGCAUCCACAUAGCCCUGAUAAUCAAGCCCGACAACUUCUGGCAGAAACAGAGGACAAAUUUUGGCAGCUCCAAAUUUGAAUUUGAGACAAAUAUGGUCUCCUUAGAAGGCCUUACCAAAGUAGUUGAUCCUUCCCAGCUAACUCCUGAGUUUGACGGCUGCCUGGAAUACAACCAUGAGGAAUGGAUAGAAAUCCGAGUAGCUUUCGAGGAGUACAUUAGCAAUGCAGCCCAUAUGCUGUCACGGCUAGAGGAACUUCAGGAUGUUCUUGCAAAAAAGGAGUUGCCUCAGGACCUAGAGGGGGCUCGGAACAUGAUCGACGAGCACUCUCAGCUGAAGAAGAAGGUGAUCAAGGCUCCCAUCGAGGACUUGGACUUAGAAGGGCAGAAGCUGCUUCAGCGGAUACAGAGCAGCGACAGUUUCCCGAAAAAGAACUCAGGCUCGGGCAACGCGGACCUGCAGAACCUCCUACCCAAGGUGUCCACCAUGCUGGACAGACUGCACUCCACGCGGCAGCACCUGCACCAGAUGUGGCACGUGAGGAAACUGAAGCUGGACCAGUGCUUCCAGCUGCGGCUGUUCGAACAGGAUGCUGAGAAGAUGUUUGACUGGAUCACUCACAACAAAGGCCUGUUUCUGAACAGCUACACGGAGAUCGGGACCAGCCACCCGCACGCCAUGGAACUUCAGACGCAGCACAAUCAUUUCGCCAUGAACUGUAUGAACGUGUAUGUAAAUAUAAACCGCAUAAUGUCAGUGGCCAAUCGCCUGGUGGAGUCGGGCCACUACGCCUCUCAGCAGAUUAAGCAGAUUGCAAACCAGCUGGAACAGGAGUGGAAGGCGUUCGCAGCAGCCUUGGACGAGCGCAGCACCUUGUUGGACAUGUCCUCCAUCUUUCACCAGAAGGCUGAGAAGUAUAUGAGCAAUGUGGACUCAUGGUGUAAGGCCUGUGGUGAAGUAGACCUUCCCUCGGAGCUGCAGGACCUGGAAGAUGCCAUUCAUCAUCACCAGGGCAUCUAUGAGCACAUCACCCUCGCCUACUCGGAGGUGAGCCAGGAUGGGAAGUCCCUCCUUGAUAAGCUCCAGCGCCCCCUGACCCCUGGCAGCUCCGACUCCCUCACGGCCUCCGCCAACUACUCCAAGGCUGUGCACCACGUCUUGGAUGUCAUCCACGAGGUCCUGCACCACCAGCGCCAGCUCGAGAACAUCUGGCAGCACCGCAAGGUUCGGCUCCACCAGAGGCUGCAGCUCUGUGUCUUCCAGCAGGAUGUUCAGCAGGUGCUGGACUGGAUAGAGAACCAUGGAGAAGCAUUUCUGAGCAAACACACGGGAGUGGGCAAAUCCCUUCACCGGGCCAGAGCUUUGCAGAAACGCCACGAGGACUUUGAGGAAGUCGCCCAGAACACGUACACAAACGCAGAUAAACUGCUAGAAGCAGCGGAGCAGCUGGCUCAGACUGGGGAAUGUGACCCCGAAGAGAUUUAUCAGGCUGCCCAUCAGCUUGAAGACCGGAUACAAGAUUUUGUUCGGCGAGUUGAACAACGGAAGAUCCUGCUGGACAUGUCUGUGUCAUUUCACACGCACGUAAAAGAGGUAAGGCAUCAUACAAUGACAAAAUGUAGUCGGCUUGACAGGGUCUUUGGACUUGUUGGAAAGAAUCUGAAUGUGCUCAUAAUGAGAGACAUUGGCCAGAAGGUGGCAGGAUCCCGUCUCCCUCUCCACCCGCGCAGGGACUCCGCCAUCUCCAGUAACAAGACCCCGCACAACAGCUCCAUCAACCACAUUGAGACGGUGCUGCAGCAGCUGGACGAGGCUCAGUCCCAGAUGGAGGAGCUCUUCCAGGAGCGCAAGAUUAAGCUGGAGCUCUUCCUACAGCUACGCAUAUUCGAGCGGGAUGCCAUCGACAUCAUUUCGGACCUUGAGUCGUGGAAUGAUGAGCUUUCGCAGCAAAUGAAUGACUUCGACACAGAGGAUCUGACGAUUGCAGAACAGCGCCUGCAGCACCACGCGGACAAAGCCCUGACCAUGAAUAACUUGACUUUCGACGUCAUCCACCAAGGGCAGGAUCUUCUGCAGUAUGUCAAUGAGGUCCAGGCCUCCGGUGUGGAGCUGCUUUGUGACAGAGAUGUGGACAUGGCCACUCGCGUUCAGGACCUCCUGGAGUUUCUUCAUGAGAAGCAGCAGGAGUUGGAUUUGGCCGCUGAGCAGCAUCGGAAACACUUGGAGCAGUGUGUACAGUUGCGCCACCUGCAGGCGGAAGUGAAGCAGGUGCUGGGCUGGAUCCGAAACGGAGAGUCCAUGCUAAACGCUGGGCUCAUCACGGCCAGCUCGCUGCAGGAGGCAGAGCAGCUGCAGAGAGAACACGAGCAGUUCCAGCAUGCGAUCGAGAAAACGCACCAGAGCGCGCUGCAGGUACAGCAGAAGGCCGAGGCCAUGCUGCAGGCCAACCACUACGACAUGGACAUGAUCCGGGACUGUGCAGAGAAGGUCGCCUCACACUGGCAGCAGCUCAUGCUGAAGAUGGAAGAUCGCCUCAAACUUGUCAAUGCCUCUGUUGCCUUCUACAAGACUUCUGAGCAGGUCUGCAGUGUUCUGGAGAGCCUGGAACAGGAGUACAAGAGAGAAGAGGACUGGUGUGGUGGAGCCGACAAGCUGGGCCCCAAUUCUGAGACUGACCACGUCACCCCCAUGAUUAGCAAGCACCUUGAACAAAAGGAAGCCUUUCUGAAGGCUUGCACACUGGCCAGGAGGAAUGCAGACGUCUUCCUAAAGUACCUACACAGGAACAGCGUGAGCAUGCCGGGGAUGGUGACACACACCAAAGCUCCGGAACAGCAAGUCAAAAAUAUCUUGAAUGAACUCUUCCAGCGGGAAAACAGGGUAUUGCAUUAUUGGACCAUGAGGAAAAGGCGGCUGGACCAGUGUCAGCAGUACGUGGUCUUCGAGAGGAGCGCCAAGCAGGCAUUAGAGUGGAUCCACGACAAUGGGGAGUUCUACCUUUCCACACAUACCUCAACAGGGUCCAGCAUCCAGCACACGCAGGAGCUGUUGAAAGAACACGAGGAGUUUCAGAUAACUGCCAAGCAAACCAAAGAGAGGGUGAAGCUAUUGAUACAGCUGGCCGAUGGCUUUUGUGAAAAAGGGCAUGCCCAUGCAGCAGAAAUUAAAAAAUGUGUGACCGCAGUGGAUAAGCGGUACAGAGAUUUCUCUCUGCGCAUGGAGAAGUACCGGACCUCUUUGGAGAAAGCCCUGGGGAUUUCUUCAGAUUCCAACAAAUCGAGUAAAAGCCUGCAGUUGGACAUCAUCCCUGCCAGUAUCCCCGGGUCAGAGGUGAAACUUCGGGAUGCUGCCCACGAGCUCAAUGAAGAGAAACGGAAGUCUGCCCGCAGGAAAGAGUUCAUCAUGGCUGAACUAAUUCAAACGGAAAAGGCUUAUGUCAGAGACCUUCGAGAGUGCAUGGAUACCUACCUGUGGGAAAUGACCAGCGGAGUGGAGGAGAUCCCACCAGGCAUUGUCAACAAGGAGCUCAUCAUCUUCGGGAACAUGCAGGAAAUCUACGAGUUCCACAACAACAUCUUCCUGAAGGAGCUGGAGAAGUACGAGCAGCUCCCAGAGGACGUGGGACACUGCUUCGUCACCUGGGCAGACAAGUUUCAGAUGUAUGUCACAUACUGCAAAAAUAAACCUGAUUCUACACAGCUGAUACUAGAACACGCAGGGUCUUACUUUGACGAGAUCCAGCAGCGGCAUGGGUUAGCCAAUUCCAUCUCUUCCUACCUGAUCAAACCAGUUCAGCGGAUAACGAAGUAUCAGCUCCUUUUAAAGGAGCUGCUCACGUGCUGUGAGGAGGGAAAGGGGGAGAUCAAAGAUGGCCUGGAGGUGAUGCUCAGCGUGCCCAAGCGAGCCAAUGACGCCAUGCACCUCAGCAUGCUGGAAGGUAACCGCAAACACCGCACCCCCAUGCACAGCACACACAUCCUGCUGAUGGAACUGCACUACAAUCUCCAGAAGUGCUCAACCUCAGAGUUGGGUGUCACAGAACAUGUUGAAGGAGAUCCUUGCAAAUUUGCACUGUGGGUGGGGAGGACGCCAACUUCAGAUAAUAAAAUUGUCCUUAAGGCAUCCAGUAUCGAGAACAAGCAGGACUGGAUAAAGCACAUCCGUGAGGUGAUCCAGGAGAGGACGGUGCACCUGAGAGGAGCCCUGAAGGAGCCCAUCCACAUCCCCAAAACAGCUCCGGCAGCAAGGCAGAAGGGGAGGAGGGACGGAGAGGACCUGGACAGCCAAGGGGAUGGCAGCAGCCAGCCCGACACCAUUUCUAUCGCCUCCAGGACAUCUCAGAACACACUGGACAGUGAUAAGCUUUCUGGUGGCUGUGAGCUGACGGUAGUGAUCCAUGACUUCACAGCCUGCAACAGCAAUGAGCUGACCAUUCGGCGUGGCCAGACAGUGGAGGUCCUGGAACGGCCUCACGACAAGCCCGACUGGUGUCUGGUGCGAACCACUGACAGGUCCCCUGCAGCAGAGGGCCUUGUGCCCUGUGGCUCACUGUGCAUCGCCCACUCCCGAAGUAGCAUGGAGAUGGAGGGCAUCUUCAACCACAAAGACUCACUGUCGGUCUCCAGUAAUGAUGCCAGCCCACCGGCCUCUGUGGCUUCCCUUCAGCCCCACAUGAUCGGAGCACAGAGUUCACCAGGUCCCAAGCGGCCCGGCAACACCCUGCGCAAGUGGCUCACAAGCCCCGUGCGACGGCUCAGCAGCGGUAAGGCCGAUGGGCAUGCGAAGAAGCUGGCUCACAAGCACAAGAAGAGCCGGGAGGUCCGGAAGAGCGCGGAUGCUGGAUCGCAGAAGGAUUCGGAUGACAGUGCUGCCACUCCGCAGGAUGAGACCAUCGAAGAGAGAGGACGGAACGAGGGUCUCAGCAGUGGUACGCUGUCCAAGUCUUCGUCCUCGGGCAUGCAGAGCUGCGGAGAAGAAGAAGGCGAGGAGGGCGCUGACGCUGUACCACUGCCUCCGCCCAUGGCCAUUCAGCAGCACAGCCUCCUUCAGCCGGACUCGCAGGAUGACAAGGCCUCUUCGAGGUUAUUAGUCCGCCCCACCAGCUCUGAGACUCCCAGCGCAGCUGAGCUCGUCAGUGCGAUUGAAGAACUCGUGAAAAGCAAAAUGGCGCUGGAGGAUCGUCCCAGCUCACUGCUCGUCGACCAGGGAGACAGUAGCAGCCCAUCCUUCAAUCCCUCAGACAAUUCCCUCCUCUCAUCCUCCUCACCCAUUGAUGAGAUGGAAGAAAGAAAAUGCAGCUCUCUGAAGAGAAGGCACUAUGUUUUGCAAGAGUUAGUGGAGACAGAGCGAGACUACGUGAGGGACCUUGGCUGUGUGGUUGAGGGCUACAUGGCACUUAUGAAGGAAGACGGCGUUCCUGAUGACAUGAAGGGAAAAGACAAGAUCGUGUUUGGCAACAUCCAUCAGAUUUAUGACUGGCACAGAGACUUUUUUUUAGGAGAGUUGGAGAAGUGCCUUGAAGAUCCAGAAAAACUCGGAUCCCUUUUUGUAAAGCAUGAGAGACGAUUGCACAUGUACAUAGUUUAUUGUCAAAAUAAACCAAAGUCUGAGCACAUUGUGUCCGAGUACAUCGACACCUUUUUUGAGGACUUAAAGCAGCGCCUGGGCCACAGACUGCAGCUCACUGAUCUGUUGAUCAAACCUGUGCAGAGAAUCAUGAAGUACCAGCUGCUCCUGAAGGACUUCCUCAAGUACUCAAAAAAAGCUAGCCUGGACACAUCCGAAUUAGAGAAAGCUGUAGAAGUCAUGUGCAUCGUGCCGAAGCGCUGUAAUGACAUGAUGAACGUCGGGCGGCUGCAGGGAUUUGACGGUAAAAUUGUUGCCCAGGGUAAACUGCUCUUACAGGACACAUUCCUGGUCACAGACCAAGAUGCAGGACUUCUGCCUCGAUGCAAAGAGAGGCGAGUUUUCCUUUUUGAACAGAUCGUCAUAUUCAGCGAACCACUUGAUAAAAAAAAGGGCUUUUCCAUGCCAGGAUUUCUGUUCAAGAACAGUAUCAAGGUGAGUUGCCUCUGCCUGGAGGAAAAUGUGGAGAGCGACCCCUGUAAGUUUGCCCUGACGUCCAGGACGGGCGAUGCCGUGGAGACCUUCGUUUUGCAUUCAUCCAGUCCAAGCGUCCGGCAAACGUGGAUCCAUGAGAUCAACCAAAUCUUAGAAAACCAGCGCAACUUUUUAAACGCCUUGACAUCACCCAUCGAGUACCAGAGGAACCAUAGCGGGGGCGGCGGCAGUGGCAGCGGGGGCAGCAGCGGCGGGGGCGGGGGCAGCGGCGGCAGCGGGGCCUCCAGUGGAGGCAGCAGCAGCCAUGGCAGUGGCCCCAGCAGCUGUAGCAGUGGCCCCAGCUCGAGCAGGAGCAGGCCCUCCAGGAUCCCACAGCCUGUCAGACACCACCCCCCCAUGCUGGUCUCCUCUGCAGCCUCAAGCCAGGCAGAGGCAGACAAGAUAUCAGGUAUGUCUGCUCCCAGCCCCUCACUGCCUACCCCCAGCAGCAGCCUGGCCCUUGAGGUCAGCCUUGGCCAGCCCAGCAGGCUCCCCCUGAGUGGAGACUCCGAAGGUCAUGAGCGAGAAACAGAACCCAUUCCCAAGAUGAAGGUGAUGGAGAGCCCCCGGAAGGCCCCGGGGAGUACUUCCGGUACAAGCCAAGACGGAAACACCAAGGAUGCCCGGGGGAACCUGGGCUCACUGCCUCUGGGCAAGACUAGGCCUGGGCCCAUCUCGCCGCUGAACUCUCCUCUCUCCACUACGUUCCCUUCUCCUUUUGGCAAGGAGGCCCUUCCUCCCAGCAGCCCCCUGCAGAAGGGGGGCUCCUUCUGGAGCUCCAUUCCUGCUUCCCCUGCCAGCCGGCCAAGCUCCUUCACCUUCCCGGGGGACAGUGACUCCCUCCAGCGACAGACGCACCGCCAUGCUGCCCCCCACAAGGACACAGACCGCAUGAGCACGUGCUCCUCGGCCAGCGAGCAGUCCGUGCAGUCCACUCAGAGCAACGGGAGUGAAGGCAGCAGCAGUAGCAACAUCUCCACCAUGCUGGUGACACACGAGUACACGGCAGUGAAGGAGGAUGAGAUAAACGUCUAUCAAGGAGAGGUCGUUCAAAUUCUGGCCAGCAACCAGCAGAACAUGUUUCUGGUGUUCCGAGCCGCCACUGACCAGUGCCCUGCAGCCGAGGGCUGGAUUCCGGGCUUCGUCUUGGGCCAUACGAGUGCAGUUAUCAUGGAGAACCCCGACGGGACUCUCAAGAAGUCAACAUCUUGGCACACAGCACUCCGUUUAAGGAAGAAGUCUGAGAAGAAAGAAAAAGACGGCAAAAGGGACGGCAAGUUGGAGAAUGGGUACAGGAAGCCACGAGAAGGGCUCAGUAACAAGGUCUCUGUGAAGCUUCUCAACCCCAACUAUAUUUAUGACGUUCCCCCAGAAUUUGUUAUCCCAUUGAGUGAGGUCACAUGCGAGACAGGGGAGACCGUUGUUUUUAGAUGUCGUGUCUGUGGCCGCCCCAAGGCCUCAAUCACCUGGAAGGGCCCCGAACACAACACUUUGAACAACGACGACCACUACAGCAUCUCCUACAGUGACGUUGGGGAGGCCACUCUGAAGAUCGUCGGUGUGAGCACAGAAGAUGAUGGUAUCUACACCUGCAUCGCUGUGAAUGACAUGGGUUCAGCCUCGUCUUCUGCCAGUCUGAGGGUUCUAGGUCCAGGGAGUGACGGGAUCGUGGUGACUUGGAAGGGUAACUUCGACGCCUUCUACAGUGAGGUGGCUGAGCUUGGCAGGGGCAGGUUUGCUGUAGUCAAGAAAUGUGACCAGAAGGGAACCAAACGAGCAGUGGCCACAAAGUUUGUGAACAAGAAGUUGAUGAAGCGUGACCAGGUCACUCACGAGCUUAGCAUCCUGCAGAACCUCCAGCACCCCCUCCUCGUGAGCCUUCUUGACACCUUCGAGACCCCCACCAGUUACGUCCUGGUUCUGGAAAUAGCCGACCAGGGCCGCCUCCUCGACUGUGUGGUCCGGUGGGGAAGCCUCACCGAAGGGAAGGUCAGAGCGCACCUGGGGGAAGUUCUGGAAGCUGUCCGAUACCUUCACAACUGCCGGAUAGCACACCUGGACCUAAAGCCUGAGAAUAUCUUGGUGGAUCAGAGUUUGGCCAAGCCAACCAUUAAACUGACUGACUUCGGAGACGCUGUCCAGCUCAACACCACCUACUACAUCCACCAGUUGCUGGGGAACCCCGAGUUUGCAGCCCCAGAAAUCAUUCUCGGGAACCCUGUCUCCCUGACCGCGGACACAUGGAGUGUUGGGGUGCUCACCUACGUGCUGCUCAGCGGCGUGUCCCCCUUCCUGGAUGACAGCGUGGAAGAGACCUGCCUGAAUAUUUGCCGGCUGGACUUUAGCUUCCCAGAGGACUACUUUCAAGGAGUUAGCCAGAAGGCCAAAGAAUUCGUGUGCUUCCUCCUGCAGGAGGACCCCGCCAAGCGUCCCUCGGCUGCACUGGCCCUGCAGGAACAGUGGCUGCAGGCAGGCAACGGCAGCGGCAAAGGCACGGGCGUCCUCGACACGUCCAGACUGACCUCCUUCAUUGAGCGGCGCAAACACCAGAAUGAUGUUCGACCUAUCCGUAGCAUUAAAAACUUCUUACAGAGCAGGCUUCUGCCUAGAGUUUGACCUAUCUUGAAGUUCUUUCUCAUUCUCUUUCACCUGCCAAUCAGCUGUUAAUUUGAAUUUUUGAAGAGGAAACCAAACCAAAACUUAAGUGGCCGGCCGCCGGCUGUUCAUCGUGUGAAAUGGCAUUCCAAGUGAACUGUGCUCAGCAGCGCUUGGGCUCAGAGCUGCAAGGUGCGCUGGGGUGGAGGACCUUCAGUUACACUGCACGGGCAGAGACCGCAUUGCUGGAUCACAGUAUUUUAUUCAGGUUCCUGCAAAAAAAAAAAAUAAUAAUAAUAAUAAUAAAGAGAUACUUUUUUUUAAAUGAACUUGGAUAGAAUUUUGCAAAUUUAACAUUUUCAAGAUUUAUUCAAAGAAACACAUGCCUAUGUUCAAACCACUGGUAUUACACAGAACUGAGAUACUGUGCAUUUCUGGGAAAGACUCGCCAGGUGGCAGCCACUCCCGUGGGCUCAGCCAGAGCUUGGUGUUCACCUGGCACUGAGCUUUUCCAGCUGCCUCGUCUGGGUACAUUCUGCCAGACACCAGACUUGGCUUCUGAGAUGUGUGUUCAACCUCAAUCUUUUGCAUAAAAUAUAAUGAAUGGUUUUGCUCUGAUGAAAUGUAGGCCUUACUUGUACAUAAGACUCUUCCUGCCUUUUGUCUGGCAAUCCCCCACCCCCUCCCUUCCUACCCACCGCCUGGGCCUUCCUCUCGGGGGGUCUGAUGGGGUCUGUCCAUCCAGUGGAAACUUGAGGCUGGGUCCAGCCCCACUGGCCCCUCCCCAUCCCCACCACCCCAAACCGUCAAUCAGAUUGUUGAACGGUAUACAGUCAGAUGAAAAUACUGUAAAUGCACUCAUAGGGGUUUUUUUGUUUUUGUUUUGUUUUUAUUUUAUACCAUGUGCAAUGUUGUGGCUUUAACAUUUUCUGCAACUAUUUAUGAAGACUUCUGUUAUACGUGUAAUAAAUAUAUAGAAAAAGCACAUACUUCGCAAGUGAGCUUUAUGGUUCUGUGUGUGUUGGGGGUGGGUCGUAGCCCUGUGCCAUCUGUCAAGGACACUUAACUCUUCGUGAAAUUUGUCAGUUUUGAGGACUGUAAAAAGUGAUUUCAUACUCUGAAUAUAAAACUGGAUAAUAGGGUAAUGUUUUAAAUUUUAUUAUGCUAUUAUUCAGAAUGCCAAAGUAUUAUUUUUUCCCAGAAUCAGUCUGAACAUUUACUACUUUUUAGACUUUUUGACAUUCAACUUUCUGUAUAAAAAUUGGCUGGAUUUUAAGCUUUUGGUAAGAAAGCCAAUUAAGUACUGGCCACCCUGAGGCGGUACGCAGUGCCGGAGCCACUGUGGAGGAGCUGGCGCUGGUGUGGGAAGUCCUUCAACACAAGAAGUUGGAUUUCUGGCAAGCUUGGAUUUUUCUGGAUGUCUUUUUAUCUUUAUUGUGUGAAAUACACUUAAAAAAAAGAGACCAGCUUGCUUCCCAAGCCAGACAGACAUCUGGGUCGUGAGCCAUAAACUGGCAUAAUUAAGGACCUUUGCAGUUUCCGGUGUAUUUUAUUUAUUCUUCUGUUGGGUUUUUUGUUUGUUUGUUUGUUUGUUUCUUGUAAAAUUGUACAGAAACUUUUUAAGAGAAAUUGGAUUCAAAAACUGGAUGUGUAUCUGUAACCUCAUAACUUUUAUUUGUGUACUGUUUUCUUUGAGUAUUUCAGUUAAAACUUUUACAUUAUUUUUUUGCAUGUAUAUUUCUUUGUACAGAGACCGUACAUGUUUACACAGUAUGAUGUGAUGUAAAUAUUUUAUUUUGCCAUCAGUUAUUUUAAAAAAUUAAACAUAUUUGCCUGA